GAAAUACCAAAGAAGAAGAAAAUACAAUCGACGAAGAAGAAGUGUACUUUUAAUACAAAUGUCUUGACACAUGAUUGUGUUAAAAUGGAGGAAGAGGAGAACGCACUAACAUGUCGCCUGUUGGAUCUACCCUGGGAGGAUGUGCUGGUCGCGCAUAUUCUCUCCUGCUUGCCUUUAAGGCAGCUAGUCAGCCUGCAAAGAGUGAGCAAGCGGUUUCGCGCACUCAUCCAGAUCUAUUUCGCCAAAUGCAAGAGUUUCGACCCAGCAGAGCAGUCCAUUCCUAAGGAAGCCUUUAUCUUCAUGAUGAAGGACAACAAAGUUCUGCAGAAGCUGUGCCUCCAGAGCUGCUCGUACUGGCUGACAGACCACGACCUGCUCCCGAUUCUCAGCCAGAACCAGCGUCUUCUCAGCGUGAACAUGGCCGGGUGUGUCGGUCUGACUCGCCACUCCCUGGCGGCGUUGUCUUUGACCUGCUGCGCACACCUCAGCCACCUCGCCCUGGCGGACUGCAGCUUCGUGGACGGCGUGUCCCUGCGCAGCUUGGCCGACCACUGUGGAGAGCUGCGCUCCGUCAACCUCGCCGGGUGCCGCCAGCUAAAAGACGACGCCAUCUGCUACCUGGCCAAGAAGUGUGCAAAGUUAACCUUUCUUUCUUUGGCGCUCAAUGGAAAUAUCACAGACGAGUCUGUGGAGGAGGUGGCCAAGAACUGCAGGAGCCUCGAGCAUCUGGACUUGAAUUGUUGCCUGCUUGUCAGUAACCAGUCCAUCAGGACCCUUGGAGAAUAUUGCCCCAAGCUACAGUCCUUGAAGGUGAAACACUGCCACCAGGUGACGGAGUCCAGCCUGGAGCCUCUACGCAAGCGCAACGUGCUCAUCGAUCUCCAGCCGCUACCGGAGAGUGCACGGCUGUCGCACGUGCUGCGAUACACUCCUUUUGUCAAUUUACAGGCUGCACAUAACCUGAAGGUUGGAGAAAGGUGUCGUGGAGAAGCAGCGACGAAGCACACCCCUCUUCAACCUGCAGCGCCAAUUCCAGUGAUAGUGCUGGUGAGUAACUAACGUUAACCGGUUAAUUUCCAUAUUUGCUCACUCGUAGCCUUUAGGCAAAAAUAAUGUUACCUCGUAUGUCAAUCCAGGAUUGCAGUAAUGUUAGCUAGACUAACGUUACCUAA